UUCAGGGGGCGUGGUCUUCCGGCGCUCGGCCGCUGACGUAGUGAGCCUGUCCAUGUGGAGCCUCACUUUCUCUUCCGGUUAGACAUGGCGGCCUCCAUGGCAGGGCAAGUGCUCAGACACUUUACGGCAAAAAACUCUCUUCUCGGCAGAAAUAAGGGUGCCCAAGUGACCAGCAGAAGAUGGCUGAAUUUGCAAGAGUACCAGAGCAAAAAACUGAUGGCAGAUAGCGGCGUCACAGUACAGAGGUUCUUUGUUGCUGACAAUGCUACUGAAGCCCUUGAGGCCGCCAAGAGGCUAAAAGCCCGAGAAAUAGUUUUAAAAGCCCAGAUCUUGGCUGGCGGAAGAGGUAAAGGUGUUUUUGACAGUGGGCUUAAAGGCGGAGUCCAUCUAACCACUGAUCCUAACAAAGUAGAAGUUCUUACAAAGCAGAUGAUUGGAUACCACCUCUCUACAAAGCAAACUCCCCAGGGUGGGGUUAAGGUCAACAAGGUGAUGGUGGCCGAGGCCCUUGACAUCUCGAGAGAAACAUAUUUAGCAAUUCUAAUGGACCGUGCAUACAAUGGACCCGUGCUCGUUGGCAGCCCUCAAGGUGGAGUUGACAUUGAAGAAGUAGCUGAGAAAACACCAGAACUUAUUUUUAAGGAGAAAAUAGAUAUUUUUGAAGGAAUAAAGGACAGCCAAGCCUUGCAGAUGGCCGACAAUUUGGGAUUCAAGGGACCUCUAAGACAACAGGCCGCGGGGCAGAUUAAGAGACUGUACGAGCUUUUCCUGAAAGUCGAUGCUACUCAGGUUGAAGUGAAUCCCUUCGGUGAAACUCCGGAAGGACAAGUCGUGUGCUUUGAUGCAAAAAUUAACUUUGACGACAAUGCGGAAUUUAGACAAAAGGAGAUUUUUGCAAUGGAUGACACGUCGGAAACCGAUCCCAUUGAGAGCGAGGCUGCAAAGUUCGACUUAAAGUACAUCGGUAUGGAUGGGAACAUCGCAUGCUUUGUAAAUGGGGCUGGUCUUGCAAUGGCUACGUGUGACAUCAUUGACCUUCAUGGGGGAAAGCCUGCAAACUUCCUUGAUCUUGGCGGUGGUGUGAAAGAGUCUCAAGUCUAUCAGGCCUUCAAGCUGCUCACUGCAGACCCCAAGGUUGAAGCAAUUCUUAUAAACAUUUUUGGAGGUAUAGUAAACUGUGCCAUCAUUGCCAAUGGAAUAACAAAGGCCUGCCGAGAGCUGGAACUCAAAGUGCCUCUGGUGGUCAGACUUGAAGGAACAAAUGUCAACGAGGCCAAAAGAAUCCUAAAGGAGAGCGGGCUGCCCAUCACAUCUGCCAAUGACCUGGAUGAUGCCGCCAGAAAAGCCGUCGCCAGCAUCCGGAAGAAGUAAAGACUCCGCCCUGCGGUCCAACCAUCACAAACCUCUAACAAAUGAAUGUAUCACAGUUCUGCCGUGCAAGCUGGGAAAGCCUCAUACAGGAACAUCAGGGAGUCACAAAUAAGUCCAGCCGACCUGUAAUAGAUUAACGUGGGGAAUAAUGAAGCCAUUACUAAGGGGCACAAAUCCUAAUCCGUCACUAAUUUUAUACUAGUAUUUUUCCACUGUUAUAAAGUUUUCUUGUAGUAAGAAGGUCGCAGUGAUACAUGGACUGUGAAUUUUAUAUGGAUCACAACUGUUAUACAUAAGUGUACUGUACUAGAGCUUUAUUUUUUUUUUCAAGAACAUGAAUCAAUAAAUAUUUCUUGAUCUUACU